AGAUGCAGGAGGUGAGAGCUGGGUCUACCUGCUGACAUGGACCUGAGGAUGCUGCUUCUGAACUUGUCCCUCCUGUGCCUCAUCGCUGGAGCUGUAUCCGAGCCGCAAUUUGCAUUUUACAUCCCUUGCCGGCUGCAGAGUGAGCAGACAGGUAGAGGAUGUUUGGAUGUCAGGCACCAAACCACACCCAUCAAUGUUGAUGCCUUCCUUGAGGUUAAUGGCGAAAAUUACACCAUCAUCAAUGAGGAGAUCCCCGUAGCCUUCACCUUCAAAUGCUAUGACUUCCCGGUACCUUCGGUGUCAGCGGCUGUUCCAGUAUUUAUUACUAUCAAAGCAAUUGGUGGGGAUUUCAAUUACACAGAGCGAAGGGCUGUGGUGGUGGCCCCAAACGUCAACGUAACAUUUAUUCAGAUGAAUAAGUACAUGUUCAAGCCUGGGGACACAGUGCGCUGUUAUGUGUUUACUCUACAAAACAACUUGAAACCAAUGGAAGAGAGGUUCUGA